UAUACACCAACCAACAAGAAGCAAGCAAGCCAUGAGUGCCACAACUGCCAAGCGCACCCACGCGCGCGACGUGGUGAUUGCUGCCAGCAAGAAGGCAAAAUGGACAGACUUGUCAACGGAUACAAAAGACUUCACGAUGCAAACCUUGAGAAGAGCAUGUUCCACCGUCACAUCCACCCUGAGAUCAACGAAAGCGCGCACCGAAACAAAGGAGCUCACACUUUCACUCCGCGAGUUGUGCGAACAGCGCUUGAGCGAAGUACAAGGGCCACCCCAACCGCGACGCGCACUUGCAAACGUUCACAAGUCCCUGCUGACUCAGGAAAUGUUGCUGGCGGAGGCGUGUCAGCGCCUUGACACUCUCAAGCAAGCCCACGAAAAGGAAGCCAAGGCGAUUGAGGAGACCGAAGCUGUCAAGGCAAAACUCGAAGUUGGCAUCAAGCGCGCAGAAGAUUUUCACACACAGCUGCACAAAAGCAGGUUACACCCCGCAGUGCGAGCAGCCGUGAGCGAGGAAGAAAAGGCGCUACGAUCUACAAGCGCUACCGCAGCCCGCGAAGGGCGGGUUCGCGUCCAGCCACGCGUCGUCCCGCAGUGCAUUUCAGCAGACGACGCGCGGAAGUUCCAUGACAUGACCGCUGCCACGUCAAGGUUGCAGCAGUACGUCAGAACUGUGACCGCCAUCUUCGCCCUCCUCGACGCAUGAUGAUGAUGAUGAUGAUGACGAUGAUGACGACGACGACUCUGUUCCAAGCGCUUAUCUCUCCCGUGCGUGUAUUCAGCGCCUUGUGUAUAUGUAUGUACACACGUUGUUGCGCGUGGUUUCCUUGUUAUGCACACAUCACUCGGUCUUCAUUGUUGUUGUGUCUUUGGUGGUGUCUUGCUGCACGAAGGUGUAAUGCGAGCGCAUCUGUGCAUUUCACGUUUGUUCGCCUUCGCAAAGCAAACGUCCUUGUACAAAAUGUAUUCCAAGUGCAUGGUUGCUUUCGUUGUUACAUUGCCCAAUUGCGUUACCAUGCAUGCAACAGUACACAAGUCGAUUGCUUUCACAGGUUUAUUGUACUUUCGUUCUUUCACAACACAAACACACACACACACACACACACAGGCAAGCAGGUGAGCAGACAGUAAAAGCAGCCGCAAACAGGCAAACAACCAC